AUGGGUGCUUCGGUGAGUACCUGCACCGGUCAAGAAGGGAGCCCAUUACGGUGUGUCACCACUGUGGCGCCCCGAUGGACUCGGCGGAGCAUCCUCUUGGAGUGUUCGGCUUGGGAGGGUGCCCGUCUGGUUCUGACGGAUGCCUUAGAUCUGGACAAGGAGGAGCUGUCCUUGGAGAGAAUGGUUCGGGCCAUGCUUUCCGGAACGGAGAAGUGGGAAGCGGCGACCUCCUUCUGCGAGGAAGUGAUCUCGCAGAAGGAGAACGCCGAGAGGGAGAGGGAGAGGGAGAGGGAGCAGUCGCCGGACGCCGCUCCCAUGAGGAGGAGGAGAAAAGAACAAAGAGCUCGGGUGUACGCCCGGGCUCCGUAA